CGAUGGUUCUUACACGUCGGACACCCGGUUGCUAAGGUUAGAUAACUCCAACUCGAUGCCAUAUUCCACAUAUUAUACGACCGGGAGCGCGUUGCGUGUCUAUCUGGUCAAGACCUAUUCCUCCAGCACUGGCUACAGCUUUGAGUUCAGCGUGUGGAGACACACCGGUACUUCAACCACCCUGGGGACUCUGUCGCUUCCUAUCUCAAUGGACGACAGCACACAGUGCGGUAGCCAGAUUAAAUACGUGAACAGCGGCCAGUACCUGUGGGUGAACGCAUGGGCCCCUUCUAACACCUACAGGACCUCCACCAGCUCGUGUACCAUGUAUUUCAGAGCGGCAAUCUCCACAGACUACCUGGCGGUCUCCUUCGCUUCUGGAAGUCUUUCCAUCUCCAGCAGCUACGUGACGUUGUAUUUUUAUGACGGGUCCAGCACCUCCAGUACUUUACUGACCAGCUUUAACUCGUACACCAGCUCGCCGAGCAGUACAUACUACGCCACAGGGUCCUCCCUGACUGUGUACCUAAGUAACGGCUACAGUUCGUCCAUCAGUUUCAGUUUUCAGGUGUUCGCCACGUCAACUCCAGUCACCACCACUGCCACGCCGUCGUCUUCCAAUA